CAGAAACAUCAGUCUUAGAGAGUGAAAGGUUCCUGGGAAGGCUGAGAGUCCCUCUUCCCCUCUAGCCCAUGUGGGGCUGGAAUGAGAUCUUUUCCUGCAAGGAAGUCAUGGACAUCUUUCUCUGGCUACUUUUCUUCUUGCCAAUCUCAAAAACUCUGAAGCUGAAGCCCCUCGAAGAGAUAAAAUUGUCUGGAGAGUUGGGAGGAUCCAUCAACAUCAGGUGUCCAUUGAAGGACCCACAACUUAGGUAUUAUCUCUGUCGGGAGACUGAGCUUAGAAUGUGCUCCACAGUAGUGUCAAACACAAAAUUUGUGGCAGAGAAAUAUGAGAACAGAAUCUCGCUGACACUGUUUCCAGAGGAGAAAGUGUUCCUGGUAGAGCUGAGGAAGCUGAAAGAAGAGGACAAUGGCAGCUAUGCCUGUGGGAUGGGCAAGAAUACAGACAGGGGGAAGACCCUGAAAGUGAUUCUCACAGUCACUACUGUCUCAAAAACUCUGAAGCUGAAGCCCCUCGAAGAGAUAAAAUUGUCUGGAGAGUUGGAAGGAUCCAUCGACAUCAGGUGUCCAUUGAAGGACCCACAACUUAGGUAUUAUCUCUGUCGGGAGACUGAGCUUAGAAUGUGCUCCACAGUAGUGUCAAACACAAAAUUUGUGGCAGAGGAAUAUAAGAACAGAGUCUCACUGACACCGUUUCCAGAGGAGAAAGUGUUCCUGGUUGAGCUGAGGAAGCUGAAAGAAGAGGACAAUGGCAGCUAUGCCUGUGGGAUGGGCCAGUAUACAGACAGGGGGAAGACCAGGAAAGUGAUUCUCACAGUCACUACUGCAACAAGCACUUCAGCACAAAGGACCCAGUCAUGGCAAACCCAGCCACCCUUGAAGCCUUCUCCCACCAGCCCUGUCCUGCCUCAGAGAACCACCUUAGCAGCAGCAGCUCGCUCCCAGACCUCCCUCCCCUCUGUGACCUCAAAGGCUCUACAACUGAGCAGAUGGCUCAGGCCCUCCACUGUUAAUUAUUCUCAUCACACCUGGCUAAGGGGUGAAAGUGCCUUCUACUUUGGAUCAUUUCUGAAGAACAAUGAGGGAUUUCCCAUCCUGAUAUUGCUGGGUGUUAUGUUCAUGGUGCUCCUAGGUGUGGUGUUGGGAAGAUCAUUGAAGAAGAGGAGAGCUCUUCCCAAGAGGAUCAACAGACUGACAGUGAGGAUGAGUGCCCUGGAGGCUGCCCACAGAGCUCAUUCCCACCUGCACCACUCCCAGCAGAGGCACCUCCACCUGCCUGUCUCUAAUAGACUCCGUUCUCAACAAAACAUCUACAGUGCCUGCCCACGACAAGUUCAAAGAACCAACCAGAAUGGUGAGCAAAUGUCUGCCAGAGACACCGGAAUUGCAGAACCUUCUACUCCUACCCAGGUUUCAAAGAUUACUCAGCCCCAGGCGCCAGUGCCUGUGAAGAAUGACUCCAUGAGCACCUACCACCUUUGUCUUCCUGAGCCAGAAGACUCUGAUUCACACGACUACAUCAAUGUUCCCUGCUUGACUCAGUCGCCCAACUGCCCUCCAGGCCUGGGCUUCCAUGCCAACAAGGCUUGCUGCUGAGCCCUACUCAGAACUAACUCUGCUCAACACCUGGCACAUCCUGCAUGCCCUCCCCGGCUGUUUUCCCCAGGUGGAGGCAGGGGGCUCUGUCUUCCCUGAGCUUGCCCAUGCAUUCCCCAAAGCUUCUCCUGCUCGUCUCGGAAAAGCCACUUCUGUUCCACGGAAACUAGAAGUUAAUAAACA